ACUGAAUAGAAGUUAUUAUUAGAAUUUUAGAGCAUCUUCAAUCCAAAGGAGAGUGUUUUACCUAUUGAGCAUCAGUACUCUUUAGCCAUUCCUAUUGGAGAGUUCAUAGAAAUAGUCCUUAAUUGUUGAUAAUGAAUAUCACAAUCCUCUCUAAAGACAUGACAGGCGCGUAGGCUAUCAUCUACUCAACCAAAUAACUUCUAACCAAAAUAGUUGCAUCAUAUUGAAGUAACAAAGUAACGGCCAUUAUCAUAAAAGGUUUAUUCUGCACCCUGUGUUAAUGUAUCAUUGUAAUUGCUAGGCUAGCCUCAGCACUUUUAUCUGACCACCAAUAUUGAUGUACAGUUAUUAUGAAAGUGGAAGGUUUGCAGAAUCAACUGCCUAAAGGGGUCAUUUUUGUAACUUGCCUUUUGAUCAUUCACACAUUAAGUCUUGUGUCAAUGAAUAAGUACUUUGAACCAACACAAGUUGUUGAGGCUAGAAGGCUAAAAUUGCUUUCUGUAAACAACUAAACAUGCAAUCUUUAACUUUUGAAUUACUUUUCAUCCUUUUGUCUUCAUGUUUAUUUUUUGGAAACUAAGCUAAUUGUUUGAUCUCGUAAUUACAGCAAGUGCCUUGGGGAGACGGAGAAAGUUGAAUGUUGUUCACCAUAAAGACCAAUCACUAGAAAAAGAGAAAUCAACUACUAGCUCUAAUGAAGUCACAAAUGAGGGAAGUCAUAAUGAGUCGCACUGUGAAAAAAGAACAAGAGGUUAUUCACAUAUGCUAGAUGUAUGGGACAUGCCGGCUGGAAACUUUAUACUAGUUGAUGUAGAUCAUAUGGGAAAUCCUAUCGGUUGGGAAGGAAAAACUCUAUUGAAUGCAAUUGGAAGUUUGGUAAGGAGACACCAAUGUGCUCCAAUCAAUUAUGUGUGCUGGAGUGAUAUGCCUGAGAAAAAUAUUACUGAUAUGCUUGAACUAAUUCAGACUAAAUUUCGUUUUGUUCCCGAAUUAACUGAGAGAACAGAGAAAAUACUAAAGGAUAAUAUGAGUAUUAAGUGGAGGCAAUUCAAGUAUCAUUUGAAGUCAAAGGGAUAUGACGGUAGUAAGAAAGAAGAAGAAAUGGCAAGCUACAUUCCUGAUAGAAGGGUUGAUCCUUCUCAGUAUCGUGAUUUAGUACAUUAAUGGUGUUCUGAGGACGGACAGAAAAUCAGUGGCAUGAACAAAAUGAACCGCAAAAAAUAUGAGGACAUUCAUUGCAUGGGAACCAAGAAUCUUCCAAGCCUAAUUCAUGAAAUGACAACAAAAGCUGGAGGAGUGCAACCUUCACGGGCACAAAUUUACAUUGAUACUCGAACUAGAAAAGAUGGAAGUAUUGUGACUGAAAGUGCAGCAUAUGUGAUUGAAGAGUUAAAGAAGCAUAUGGUAGAGGAGGAAGGCAGCUCACAUGAUUCUCAAGCCACCAAAGAUUCUACAAGCUGGAAGAAUGAUGCUUAUUCAAAGGUUAAAGGACCUGAAAAGAGAGGACGAGUGCGUUGUCUUGGCAAGCUUCCCCGACAUGCUAGUUCUAGCUCCAAUGCAGAUAAUAGAGUUGCAACAUUAGAGAAUUUGCUUGGAAAUCUAGUUUCUGUUCUUCAAAUGCGGUUUUCUGAAAAUCCACAAGUUAACGAGGUCUUACGAGCUAUAGCUGAAGAGGUUUGAUUUUGUGUCACCUAUUGACCACAAUUUAGAUUCAAAUAUAUGAAAGUGAAGAUACAAUACCAUUCAAAAUUGUAGAUACAUGAAAGCUGGUGCUUCUGUUGAAUCCUCUUGAAUAUUUUACUUGGUCAUUGAUUAGAUUCAUACAAAAUAGUGGUCUUUCUAGUUAUACUUAUUCAAACAGAAAAUAAGAAAAUGUAGUUGAAAUUCUUUGUUACUAUAUUGAAAUAUUUGAAUUUAAUUGAAAUUGAUAUAAUAGUUUAAUUUUAAUAUUAA